AUGCCACAAUCUUGGUCAUCCUCGUCUCGCAAGACAAACGGCUCGUCGAAUCGUGAUCACGAGCUGUCCUCUAUCCCAGAAACCUGGAGGGACCUGAGCGAAAUUGAAGCGCCCGCUCCAGUGCAAAACCCAGAUGAGUCUGCAGAAGCUGAGUACAAAAGCCUCGAGGACGAGGUUUCAAGUCAGCGCAGACAAUCAUGCAGGUCCCAAGGAGAGCAAGAUUCCAGUCGAGGCUUUCAAGGUCGACUCUCGGAACACAUGGUCGGCAGUGGUCAGAGUUUGAGAUGGUCAGAUGAUGUUGCUGAUGCUGAAGAGGGCUACACUGCCCCUCCCGAGGUUGCCAAUUUGACAGAAGCGAUUCCUGAUGCUGUUGUUGAUAAUCCGCAAGAAGAUCACCGUUACUCGCACCACAGCCUUGAGGAGGAGUUGGGUCAAACCCAAGCUGCCGAGACACCAACGAGCCGACGAUUUUCACGUGUGGGACGUUCACCAUCGCAGGAGCCUCCACCAUCACAAAACCGUGAGACUCCGACCCGAAAAGGCCGAGUUGCAACUGGAAUAUAUCUAUUCUCACAUCUCGUCUUCUUUUCCAUACUUGGGACUUUGGCACGCUUGGGUCUCACGGCAUUGACCACAUACCCGACCGACGUUAUCCGUUACGGUAGCAUUUGGCCGAAUUUCGCUGGAACAUUUAUCAUUGGGUUUCUAUCUGAAGGCGCGGAGCUUUGGCACCACCCGGCUGCAUCCAGGAGCAUAGCUAGGCCCGCCAUUCAUAACUCGAAAGAGUCAUUGUCGCCAGGUCAUGAUACCGCUCAGUCGGGCGAGUCAGUUGAAGCAGCCAUGCCCGCCGUCAACAAGCCCAAUGUGCCGAUUCCUCUUCACAUUGGCCUCGCAACUGGCUUUUGUGGCUCCUUGACCAGCUUCUCUGCCUUUAUGCGAGACUGUUUUGACGCCCUCUCUGGAAUCUUGGUGAGCUCAUCAUCCCAGCCCUCGCCUGGUCGGGAUUUCAUGAGUGUCGCUGCAGUAUUCAUCACCACCUUGGGCCUAUGUGCUGCCGCCCUCAAAGCCGGAGCUCAUACUGCCAUACUUUUGAAAAUGUUGGACAAAAGGUUUCCUAGACGUCUGGUCCACUGGGCUGAUCGCAUCGUGCUGGUCCUCGGAACGGGUUGCUGGGCUGCGGCGAUCAUCAUGUGCGUCGUGCCGCCGGAUCGAUUUCGCGCACCAGAGACUUGGCGUGGAGAGGCAUUAUUCGCUAUAGCGUUUGCGCCUGUCGGUUGCCUUUUAAGGUUUAUUCUGAGCAUCAAGCUCAAUGCACGUAUCGUCGGGUUCCCACUCGGAACAUUCUGCGUCAAUAUGCUCGGCACGUUGAUAUUGUCCGUGGUCUGGGAUCUACAGCGUAUUCCAAAGGAAAACAUGGCCAUCGCCAUUGGCACAAAUCUGCUAUCGUGUCAGGUCUUGCAGGGUAUCGAAGAUGGCUUUUGCGGCUGCCUCACGACUGUUAGUACCUUCAUUUUAGAGCUCAACAGUCUUAGAAGAAGACACGCAUAUUGCUAUGGCGUUGCUAGCUUGUUAACGGGACUGGCCGUCGUGGUCACCAUCAUGGGCUCGCUAAAAUGGACGGUCGGAUUGAGUCAGCCAGUGUGCACUUCACUAUAA